AUGCCUUCUCCUGUACCGAUUGCGACUCGUCCAAUUGACAAGCCCUCCGUGGGCCGAAAUAAUUAUCAGCCCUUUGGGUUUCGUGAAGAAGUCCUUCCCAAAGGCUGGAGCAAGAAUGGCUCGCGUCCCUUGCCAUGCGACAUCCACGCCUCGCACGACGUGGGUAUCAAGGUCCGCGAUGGAAGCACACUAUACUGCGACAUCUAUCGCCCCACAGACACCUCCAAGGCAGUGCCUGCAAUUUUAGCAUGGAGUCCGUUUGGCAAAAAGUUCAAUGGAAUCAGCAUGUUAAAGGUGCUUCCCUGGGGCCUCGGAAUUCCUGAAGGCGUGCUUAGUGGACUGGAGAAAUUUGAAGGGCCCGAUCCAGCCGAGUUCGUACCUCGUGGCUUCGCAAUCAUCAACGUGGAUGCCCGUGGAUCUGGCGAUUCAGAUGGUACGGUGGGCAUUAUGGGCACUCAGGAAGCCGAAGACGGAUACGAUGUAAUUGAAGCCGUGGCCAAAAUGUCCUGGUGCAAUGGGAGUGUUGGACUGGCGGGAAACUCGCAUCUGGCAAUCAUCCAGUGGUUUAUCGCUGCCUUGCAACCGCCAUCACUCAAGGCUAUUGCUCCCUGGGAGGCAUGCGGUGAUCUGUACCGGGAGCAAUUCGUGCGAGGGGGCGUCUUCGACGCUGGUCUAUUUGAUUUUAUAAUCGACCACAACAUCCAGGGCCACGGGGGCGUCGAAGAUUUCCAUGAGAUGUAUCGACGACAUAGAACUGCGGAUAGUCUCUACUGGAAGGACAAACGACCUGAUAUCAGCAAAAUCAACAUUCCCACCUAUAUCACGGCGUCGUACACCAGUUUCGUGCACACGAUGGGGUCACUGCGCGGGUGGCUCCAGGUUCAAUCACCUGAUAAAUGGCUGCGUCUUUGUCCCUGGCAGGAAUGGUACGAUAUGUGGAAUUGCAAAGAUUCUGCCGCCGAAAUGGCUUCCUUCUUCGACCGCUAUCUGAAUGGCGCCGAUAAUGGAUGGGAGAAGACACCCAGGGUACGGACCACCAUCCUGCGAUUCAAUCAAGACCCGCUGUACAAUAUCACGGAGGAGGAUUACCCGAUCCCGCGGACUGAGUAUCGCAAGAUGUACUUUCAGCCUGAAGGCCGUUUGAGUCCUGAUGCCCCAAGUGCAGAUUCAUCAGUGUCAUACAACUCCGAAAAGUAUCAAGACUGUGCGAGCUUCACCUAUACUUUCCCCAGCCGGACGCGACUGGCAGGGAUCCCCAAGGCAGUGGUAUACAUGUCGUGCCCGGACUUCCAUGACCUGGAUGUAUAUGUUCUGGUGCGCAAGCUCGACGCGCAAGGAAAGGCUCUCCUCAAUCUCAACAUUCCUUGGUCGUCAAUCGCACAGUACGGUGUCAACCCAGGCAGUGUGGACAGCAUCUCGCCCCGGGAGAAGAACAACCUCAUGUUCCAUGUCGGGUCGUUGGGAAUCCUGCGGGCCUCACGUCGAGCCAUCGAUCCAACCAAGUCUCUCCAUGAGAACUUUCCCUUUCAUCCGCACGACCGCGACGAAUAUAUUACCCCUGGGGACAUUGUGAAGCUGGAAAUUGGCAUUUGGGCCAUGGGGGUGGAGUACGAGGCUGGGGAGAGUGUACGUGUCGAGAUUCAUGGGAACAGUCCACUGCUGCGAGGCGAGUUCAAGGAAGACGGUGAAUUCCAGGAGCUGGCAUCACAUGGAACACAUGUCCUCCAUCUGGGGGGACAAUAUCCUUCGCAUAUAAUCUUGCCGUUUGUAUGACGAAUGGAUAGAUGUCAUGAUAUAGAUAAUGAGAGCUCGCUUUUGUCAAUUGAAAUACAAGAGUUAUCGUAGUUAGUAAACGCUUGGGAGAAUAGUCGAGGUACUCAUGAUUGUCG